CCCCUGAAGCUGAGAUAGGUCUGUAGUGGACAAGUUCUCUCGAAACCAAAAAAGAAAGAAAAAUAAUGCAAGGCCAAAAGGCCAAGUCCUCAAAAUGUUGCUUCUACUUAUAGAUCUCCUUAAGAUUUGGCUGUUGACCCUCUCUUUGUUUUUAUUCUCUCUCCAACAAAAAACACCCUUCACAACAUCACUCCCCAACAAACUAACAAACCCAACCAUCUCUCUCUAUUCUUCCCGCCAUUCUCUCUAUUCUUGCUGACAAUACUUUCUCUCUCUCCUCACUUUCUUCACUCUCUAAGGAGGGUCGGAAAAUCAGAAAAUAUAUAUGUCCCAAAAUCAAAUAAGGGUUGAAAAGAAGGAGAAGCAGUACAGGAAAACAGGGGGUGGUGGAAGAUUAAACAACACCUUGUCUGAUCAAAAUCACCGCAAUUAUUCGGCCACCGGCACCGGCAGAGGCGCCUCCUCCGCCCCUCCUAUAUCUUCUAAUAAUCGCAGUUUUAAGAAAUCAAACAAUGGACAAGGUGGGCAAUCAAGGGGAACUUUUGUAUCAGUGAGUACACCAUCAUCAGGCUCUAAUUCCACUGCUGUUGGUGUUCAUCGUGGCGAGAAUGGCAAUUAUGUGCAGUCUACAUUACAUGGAAUAUCCUCUCCACCAGCUGCAGAUUCUGUUCCCAAGCCAUCAGAUACAUCGAGUCAGAAUAGCAGCCGACCCAUUCCAAAAGCUCCGUCUUCUCAAUCGUCCUCCAUGACUUCAGACUCAACCUUACCUUCAACUCCUUUAAAAGGAGGAGGUAAGGAAUUUUCUCUUCAGUUUGGAUCCAUAAGUCCUGGCGUUAUGAAUGGCAUGCAGGUGCCAGCACGAACCAGCUCGGCUCCACCAAAUAUGGAUGAGCAAGAGCGUAAUCAGGUUCGGCAUGCUGCUGCUGCAAGAACUGCACCUCCUAUUCCAGUAUCAUAUGCUCCUAAGCAGCAGGUACCUGAAAAGCAUGUUUCAUCUGAGGAAAAACCAAUAGCUCAAGAAACUAAUACUGCUUCAAAAGUCACUAGAGUUGAAGUGACACCUGUGCCUUCUCCAAUUCAACUAAUGCAACCUCAGAAGCCUGCUGUUCGUCCUAUGGCAGGGAUUUCUAUGCCUUUGCCUUAUCAGCAACACCAACCUCCAGCUGGCAUGCAGUUUGUUAUCCCCAACCCACAAAUUCAGACUCGAGGUACACUAAAUAAUUCACAUCCAAUGCCAAUGCAGAUGCCAUUUCAUAUAGGAAAUCCGCCUCAGCAGCAAGUCUUUGUGCCUGGUCUUCAACACAAUCUUAUGCAGAAUCAAGGAAUCAUUAGUCAAGGCCAGAUCAUUGGGUUCAACCCUCAAUUGGGACCCCAACCUCCUCAUCAGCCGGGAAGUUUAGGAAUGCCUUUGUCCCCUCCUUUUAAUCUGCAUCAGCCUGGAAAUGUUGGAAGCACUCGUAAAGUAGUGAGGAUUACUCACCCAGAAACACACAAGGAACUUACACUAGAUAAUAGGGAUGGUGGGUCACCUAGAUCAAGAUCACAUCACGUGAGGCUUUCACCAUCUCAACCUAUGCCUUCUUAUACAGCAAUGCGCCCUGGCAGAUACUAUUCUAAUUCCUACAGUCCAGGUCCUCCCGUUUUUCCAGCGCCAAAUUGUCUUCCUCUUCCAAGCACACAAGCUAUUUCUCAGGGUCCUAGAUUCAACUAUCUUAUUCCUUCUGUACAGUCAACUUCACCAGUAGUAAAUGUUAAAGCAUCUGUUAACUCUGGAGCAGAGAAGGGUACAUGUUCUAGUGACAUUGAAAAGGUUGAGUCACAAAAACUAGUUAGGCUUCCCGUGCAACCUGACACUGUUAAAAAGGAUAUGGAAGCAAAUGCAGAUGAAUCUUCUUUGCAGCUAAAAUCCGACUCAGUGUGGUUGAAAAAAUCUGUUGCAUAUUCUCCAACAAAUACAGAUGUCAUUAAGAAGGAGACUGUAAUCAAGUUGGACUCUAUAAGAGAUGUACAAAAGCAUCCAGAGAAGAAGGAAAACGUCCAUUCAUCACCACAGGACCAUGUCGAUUCAUUGAAGAUUGCUGCUCCAGAUGUUAAGUCUAAUAUUUCAAUUAUGCAUGUAAAUGAUGUUUCUACGUUGAAGGAAUCACUCUUGAGUACUGAUUCAGGAUCAACUGGUGAUUCUUCUGUUGAUCUUGAAAUUGAAGACCAUGCAGGUAAAGAUCAAUACAAUAAACAAAAUGGCCAUCUUUUGCAAGUUAUUGAGCAACAAGGGGAAAAGGAAGUUAAGGGGCUGCAACCAGGUCGUGCUUUGAAGUCCACAGAAUUUGUCAAAAAGACUGAACACUGUGAUGAAACUAAGAAAUAUGAUCAAGAGACAGCUGGUUUUGAAGCUUCUCAGAAGGAGUCUAAGUCUGGAACUUCUGGGACUGAAAGUGCCGAGACAUCCUUGCAAAUGUUUUCUCCUAAGAGUGUGUCCAAACUUACGUCAGAUAAUGAGGUAUCUCCUGCGGCUGCAAAUUUUUCUGAAGCAAAGUUAAGGCAGGAAAUAGAAAUCACAGAGAAAGCAAGUCCAAUUUCUUCUUCAGGUAAGACAAAGAAUAAGGGGAAGAAGAAAUGGAAAGAAAUGCUUCAGAAGGCAGAUUCUCUUGGGACGAAUGCUGAUUUGUACAUGGCCUAUAAAGGUGCUGAGGAGAAGAAAGAAACUGUUGCUUCUGCAGAAGAUAUCUCUAGUACUUUGAAGAUUCCUUCUAAUGGUGAAAAUAGUGCAAGAAAGAAUAAGGGUGAGAAAGGUAAACUGGAGCUUGAAGAUUGGGAAGAUGCUGCUGAUGUGUCUGCAUCGAAAUUGGAUGCCUCAGUUAAAGGAGAACAUAGAGGCUCACGUCAUGAUGAAGAAAGAGCUUUUGUGAAAAAGUAUUCCAGGGAUUUUCUCCUCACAUUAUCACAGCAGUGUACUGAUCUUCCGAAGCAUUGUCAAAUCACGCCUGAGAUCGCUGAUAUAUUAUCAUGUUUCAGUGCCAAUGCUUCUCAUAGUGAUCGUGAUCAUGCAACUUCAGGAAGAAAUAUUGAUAGGCCUUCUGGAUCUGCCCGAAAUAAUCGUCAUGUUAAUGGCAUGAUGGAUGCUGGUAGGUGGAAUAAACCAGUUCCUCAAUUUUCAGGUCAGGAUCCAGGGUUAGAUCUUGCCUAUGGUGGCUAUAUGAUGGGAUAUCAGUCUGGCUCAGGGCUUAAUUAUGGCGUUCUCAGAAAUCCAGGUGGACAUGGACCCAUUCAGCAUGGUGGUGGGAUCCUUUCUGGGCCAAUGCAUUCAAUGAGUUUUCAGGGAGCUCAACGAUAUAACCCUGAUGCAGAACGUUGGCAACGAGCUACAAGUUUCGACAGAGGUAUGAUGCUGGCUCCUCAGAAUCCUUCACAGGUGAUGCACAGAGCUGACAAUAAGUAUGAAGUGGGUAAAGUUAGUGAUGAAGAACAGGCAAAACAAAGGAGGUUGAAGGCUAUCUUAAAUAAGCUUACCCCACAAAAUUUUGAGAAACUGUUUGAGCAAGUUAAAGAAGUUAAUAUCGACAAUGCAGUGACUCUAACUGGAGUCAUAUCUCAGAUUUUUUACAAGGCUCUAACUGAACCAACGUUCUGUGAAAUGUAUGCCAAUUUCUGCUCUCAUCUGGCUUUAGAAUUGCCAGACCUCAGCGUAGAUGAUGAGAAGAUCACUUUCAAGAGGCUCCUACUAAACAAGUGCCAAGAAGAAUUUGAGAGGGGAGAACGAGAGGAAGAAGAAGCUAAUAAGGAUGAUGGUGAGGGUGAGAUCAAACAAACUGAGGCAGAGCGAGAAGGAAAAAGAUUAAAAGCUCGAAGGCGUAUGCUGGGUAACAUAAGAUUGAUCGGAGAAUUGUACAAGAAGAGGAUGUUGACUGAGAGAAUAAUGCAUGAGUGCAUUAAGAAGUUGUUGGGUCAAUAUCAAAAUGCUGAUGAAGAAAAUAUUGAAGCAUUGUGCAAGUUGAUGAGCACAAUUGGUGAAAUGAUUGAUCAUUCCAGAGCUAAGGAUCAUAUGGAUGCGUAUUUUGACAUUAUGUGGCAGUUAUCUAACAACAUGAAUCUAUCUUCAAGAGUGAGGUUCAUGUUGAAAGAUGCCAUUGAUCUUAGAAAGAACAAAUGGCAACAAAGAAGGAAAGUUGAAGGGCCUAAAAAGAUUGAGGAAGUGCACAGGGAUGCUGCUCAAGAAAGGCUUGCACAAGCUGGUCGGCCAAGUCGUGGGCCCAGCAUGAACCCUUCAAUGAGGAGGGGCCAUCCUGUAGAAUAUAGUCAAAGGGGCUCCUUGUUACCUUCUCCAGUUGGCCAGGCGUAUGGCUUUAGAAGUUAUAGUACUCAAGUACGUGGAUAUGAUGGGCACGAUGUACGAAAGGAUGAAAGGAGUACUUUUGAGAGUAGGACUCUUUCAGUGACUUUGCCCCAAUGCUCUUCUGGUGAUGAGCCUAUUACACUUGGACCUCAAGGUGGUCUUGCUAGGGGCAUGUCAUGUAGAGGACAGCCAUCUACCUCCAUCGCCUCUUCAACUGAUACUACAUUUCAUGGGGAUUUUAGAAGAGUAGUGAGUGGUUUGAAUGGAUAUAGUAAUGCAUCAGAUCGUGGAGCUUAUAGCUCAAGGGAAGAUCACUUUUCAAGGCAGGCCUCAGAAAGUUUUGGAGCGACAGUUUCUUAUGACCAUUCUGGUGGUCUAGAGCGUAAUUCGACUUACACAAAUAGGGACGUUAAAAACCCUGAUAGAAGUAUGGAAAAGCCUAUACUGACUUCAUCACUUGUGACACGAGCAGUUGCAGCUCCAGCUGAAAACAUCACCUCAGAAAAGGUGUGGCCUGAAGAACGCUUGAGAGACAUGUCUAUGGCUACCAUAAAGGAGUAUUAUAGUGCAAAUGAUGAGAAGGAAGUUGCAUUGUGCAUCAAAGACUUGAAUGCUCCAAAAUUCUACCCUACUGUUAUAUCUCUUUGGGUUACGGAUGCUUUUGAGAGGAAAGCCUUGGAGAGGGAUAUGUUGGCAAAACUGCUUAUUAGUCUUUCAAAGCCUCGAGAUAGCAUGUUUAGUCCACAGCAGCUCAUUGAAGGUUUCGAUUCUGUAUUGACAAAGUUGGAGGAUACUAUCAGUGAUGCCCCAAAAGCACCAGAGUUUCUUGGCCAGAUUUUCGGUAAAGUCAUCCUAGAGAAUGUCCUGUCCUUAAAUGAGGUUGGUAAAAUGAUACACCAAGGCGGGGAAGAACCAGGCCGCCUUCUAGAAAUUGGCUUGGCAGGAGAUGUCCUUGGGAGCAUCCUGGAGAUGAUAAAGUCUGAAAAAGGAGAAUCAACAUUAAAUGAGAUUCGAACUAGCUCCGGUCUUCAUUUUGAGGAUUUCCGACCCCCAGAUCCCCUCAAAUCUAAGAAACUAAAUAUGUUUAUUAUGUGGGAUGAUGAGACUAAUGAUUCAUUCAGUGUGACUUUGUAAGCUUAAAUUUCUCUGGCAUUAAUAGCUAGCAAAUGAAAUGAAAUGAUUAUUUUCUGCAGCUAACUAAUUAUGGGCAGGUUGUCAGACAGAUUUAUUUACAGAAAUUAUGGUAACUUGCAAUAUCAUUAAUCUCUUUAAUUAGUGAGUUGUAACUCUGAGAAUAUGAGCUAAAUUAGCUAUGUUUCUUGUGUUUUUUCUGCAAAGAUUUGGCAGUGAACAUAAACUAAUCUUAUAAUUUGUUUAUACUACAUGGUAUUUCUCAGUUUCUAGAUCUGAGCUGAACUACAUAGUACCUAAUGUUUCGAAUGAUCAUUCACUUAUAAUUUUUUAUAUGACAUGUGAAGACUUCUAUUUUUUUUUUGUUGAUUGUAAAAGAUUUAUUUAUUUAUUUAUAUUUGGUUCAAAUACUAUACAUCAGGAGAUUCAGAACAGUGAGUUCCUGAGGUAGUGGUUAAGAAUCUUAAGAUAUACUACGUAUUAGUUAAGUUUGA